UCUUCCGCAUUUAUUGACUUUGACCACAGCAGCAGACGGCUGUAGAGUUUAGUAGUUCAUGUCAUGCGUUCGUACGGUAUUGUGUUGCGUUUUCUGUGUAUUGUGUAAGUGAUUUGAUGGUGGAGACAGGAAAUCACGGAAAGACAGAUACUGAGUGUGUGGCUUAGGAGGGCAAUCAUGGACUGCAAGGGAACUAGUUGGGUGAAAAAAGAGAAGAAUGAAAUAUAUGCUGAACCAGAAUCCUUGUUUCUUGAAGAUCCGCUGAAGAUUGUAACACCUAGUCUUCAUAUAAAGCAAGACCUAGAACUGAAACAGGAGGAUGGCAUUGAACAUGAUUGUCUUGAAGAUAACUUGGGAAUCUCUCAUCCAAAUGAUUUUAUCAAGGAGGAUCCUGAACUAAAUUUGGAGGUGGCAGCCUCAAUAAGAAAUGCAUCUGAUAGUUUAAGGUACGUUUUUAUUCUUCACUGCAGAAUUUUUUGA